AUGGUUUGGUGCUCAGUUCCCUUCUGCAAUAAUUCCUCUGAAAAGGGAUAUAGUAUGAAAAUUCUCCCAAAAGAUCCAGAACGUCGAGCUAAAUGGAUACAUAAAAUAAAUCGCGAACAUUGGGAGCCUACAAAUAAUUGUCAUGUAUGCGAGGUGCAUUUUGCUCCUGAAAUGUGGGAACACAGAACUGACAAAAAAAAAUUAAAACCAAAUGCAAUACCAACUAUUUUUGGUUAUUACAUAAAAGAAAAAGUAAUAGAAGAUCUAACAAAUGAAAUUUCUUACUUUACAUCUGAAAAAGAUGUUCAAGAUGAAGAAGUAAUAAUGAUAACUGAAUAUCUCGACUCCACAUCUAAAAAAGCUGAUAUGCAAAAUGUUCAAGAAAAAGAUGUCCAGAAUGUAGAAGUAAUAAAUGAAUCUCUUGAUUCUACAUCUAAAAAAGCUGAUAUGCAAAAUGUUCAAGAAAAAGAUAAUGUCCAGAAUGUUGAAGUAAUAAAUGAAUCUCUUGACUUUACAUAUGAAAACGAUGAUGUACAAGAUCAAAUUCAGGAUGUAGAAAUGACUAUAGAUGAAAAUGUCGGACCUAAUACAUUGACACGCAAUGAAUCACAUACUUACAAAAAAUAUAGAGCAACAGAACUGAGUUUAAUUCGCUUACGCAGAAAAUUUGAAAUUAUGAAAUAUAAAAAUCGAUUAUUGCAAGACAAAAUUAAUAACGAUAAGUACAAAGUAGCUUUAGAGAAACUAUUUACUGAUAAUCAAAUCCAGGUUCUACUUGCAAAGAAAAGCAAUGCAAAAUGUUGGUCAAAUGAUACAAUUCAACGAGCUCUAAAACUAAAAUUCACUUGUGGGACUGUUGGCUACGAAGAACUUCUUCAGCAAGGAAUGCCAUUUCCGAGCCUUCGCACUUUACGUCGAAAAUUAGAAAAUUUUAAAUUUGAAAGUGGCAUUUCAAAUGAGAUGUUAGAGUUUUUAAAAUUUAAAGCUUCUUCAUUCGAGGAUAUUGAUAAAGAGUGCGGAUUAGUUUUAGACGAGAUGAGUAUAACUUUGAAAACUAUUUUUGAUCCAUCAACAAACACAGUGCUUGGAAAUAUAACAUUUCCUAAUGACAAAGGUAUUGCUACAUAUGUUUUAACAUUUAUGAUUACAGAUACAGCUAGUAGAUGGAAACAUGUUGUAGGUUACUUCUUUACGGGUUUUAAGAAUUUAACAGCCGGGCGAGCUACACUUUGUGACGGAUUAGCCCGAUUCUCGACCUCAUCGCCACGAUCAUCACCAACACGCUCGAAGAAUGAAUUGAGUUCUUGA